AUGGCGACCGGAGAAGAGCCUGCCACGGCGUCCCCCGCACAGCAGUCGAACCCAGCUAGAAGCUGGUGGAAACGGCUGCGGGGGUCUAAUGCCCCUGAAACGCCCGCCAUCACCACGAGUCAAAGUCCUUAUCGCCCGAAAAGGACUCUGGGUAUCCUAAGUGACAAGGAGACGGAUGAAGUGCCUGGGACCGUUCUUCUACUCUCGUCAAAUCGUAAUGAGCCUCUCGGUUUGGAACAUCAACCGCAUCGCGAAUCGCAUUCGUCGCUGCCAUCGCCUUACCCACCGUCCCGAUCCUCUUCUCGUGCAUCUCGUGCCUCUCGUGCGCGCCAGCAGAAAAAGAAAACCCCGGAUGGCAACAUAGUGUUGGAUCCUCAACCCGAUGACUCCAUGAACGAUCCUCUCAAUUGGCCUGUAUGGCGACGAGAUGCAGCUCUGGUGUCAUUGGGGUUCUAUUGCCUGAUGGGAGGCGGUAUGACCCCAAUCUUGGCCGCCGGUUUCAGUCAGGUAGCUGCCGCCUAUGAUGUGACCACCCAGAAGGUCGCAUAUACAACGGGGUUGUACAUGCUGGGUCUUGGGAUUGGGUCCGUGAUCAUGUCUCCUACGGCUAUUCUGUAUGGAAAGCGGCCGGUAUACCUUCUCGGAGCGACCCUUUUCAUUAUUUCGGCGGUCUGGUGUGCACUGUCACCCAACUACCCCAGCUUGGUCAUCGCUCGUAUCUUCCAGGGCAUUGCAGUAAGCCCGGUCGAGUGCCUCCCCUCUGCCACUAUUGCCGAGAUCUACUUCCUGCACGAACGGGCGUACCGGGUCGGUAUAUAUACUCUUCUGCUUCUAGGAGGCAAGAACCUGAUUCCCCUAGUGAGUGCAGCUAUCAUCGGGAGUCUGGGGUGGCGCUGGGUUUUCUGGAUUGUUGCUAUCGUCGUUGGCGCUUGCCUCGCCCUUCUUUUCUUCUUUGUCCCCGAGACAUUCUGGGAUCGCACACCUCGGCCACGAAAGGCUCACAAGCGUCCCAGCUUUUACCGUAGCGUGUCGAACAUUGUGUCCCAUGGAUUGCGCGGUCGACCGCCUCACGCUCAUCGCCUGGAGGAGAAUCCGCCGGAUGAUGACCCCAGCUCUCUAGAGCCGAAGAAGUCCAAGAAGGGUCAUGUUGGGUUUGUGGAUGACCAUGACGAGGAACCAGAGACCAUCUCUGAGAAGAUAGAGGAGCCGGCUGGCCAGGAUCCUAUAUCGUUCACACCAGAGCGUCCUGCCACUGAGUCGACGCCAAGCGAAGACCCUGAGAAGGCGGAUGGGCUCCUUCAUCCUCCGCCAUUGGCACACAUUCACCCCCAUGACCUUGAAGCUGCUCGGGAAGCGGCGAUCUCCCCAACCCGCAGUGAGUCGCUGGACCCGGGUCCGCCGAUCACGUCGGCGGCUCAGUACACCAACCGACUGCGGGAUCAGCCGCCCAUCCCGUUUACUUACUAUCUCCGCCCGUGGAAUGGCCGGAUUGCUCACGACAACUGGCUACGCGUCGCGGUGCGGCCAUUCAUUCUCUUUGCAUAUCCCUCUGUGCUGUGGUCGACUGUAGUGUAUGCCUUGUCUGUCGGCUGGCUCAUUGUGCUGUCCGAGUCGGUUGCUACAAUUUAUGAGCAGCGAGACACUUACAACUUUACCGCGCUGCAGACUGGUCUCAUUUACAUCUCGCCCUUCGUGGGCGGCUUGCUGGGUACCGCUGUUGCUGGUAAGGUGUCUGACAUUAUUGUGCAAUAUAUGACACGACGCAACGGGGGCGUCUACGAGCCGGAGUUCCGGCUGGUGAUGGCGAUUCCCAUUGCAAUUUCGACCACCAUUGGACUGAUGGGAUUCGGUUGGAGUGCGCAGGAGAAGGAUGCUUGGAUUGUGCCCACCAUCUUCUUCGGGAUCAUCUCGUUUGGAUGCUGCCUGGGAAGCACGACAUCCAUCACCUUUUGCGUCGACAGCUACCGCCAAUAUGCCGGGGAGGCACUGGUGACAUUGAACUGGAGUAAGAAUGUCUUCCAUGGGCUGAUCUUUUCGCUGUUCAUUGUUGACUGGCUGGAUGCGGAGGGCUCCCGGUUGGUGUUUAUCGCGCUGGGAGUGAUUCAGCUGGGCUGUCUAUUGUUUUCGAUUCCCAUGUACAUUUAUGGCAAACGGGCCCGGAUGUGGACGGUUCGGAUGCGCCUGAUGGAACGAUUCUAG